AUGUACGCCGCACUCAGCUGCCAUCCUCCGUUAGGUCAAACGACUACCAUCCCCUCUGAUCGAGAAUCUGUGUUCAAGCCUGAUCAGUCAAAUGUGCAACGCCAGUACUAUACAAUAGAUUUCGCUGGCCGACCCAAACACGGCUCUUCGCUGUCAUACACCAUCACUUUCAGAGCCUCAGAGGGCGAACCGUGGAAAUGGGCCAAUGAACAAUUCUCAACCUCAGACGGACGCAUCAUCUAUCAGUCACCAGAUGCAUUGAAAGAGGAUUUGACUUACUAUCUCGAGGGCCUGCCACCAUUCCUCAACAUAUCCAAAGAACAAAGCGAUACGCCCAACACCGUUCUGUGGGACCUUACGUACCCAAUCAGUGCGGCGUCAGGCAAGCAGCCCGGUCUUUCAGGAGAGAAGCUUGGUAAACCGACGAAUCUCUCCCGCUGGUUCGCCGAAGUACGACUUUGGGCCCCAUGGCUUGCUCCGAGACAGGGCAAGGACCGAUUCCAGCCUGACAAGGAUGCCAUGUUGGCCGCAUUCGAGCGUCACGAUGGCUCUCAUUUGGCGUUGCUUGCAGUGAGUGGAUUGGACGAGGUAUUGACAACCCUCAAUCACGACGGUGAGGGGAGAGUCGUUAUGAACGCCAGAAACGACAGUGAAAAAGAUGGUACUGUGCGUAUCGUUGCUGCAGUGGGCAUGAAGCUAGACGAUGCGGUAGCAGCUUCGAUGUACUAUGCUCGCAAACUCGUAAUGGCAUACCAAGUAUCGGCAGGACUGAUCAAUGAAGAAGAGAAGGCCUUGAUGGACGACUUCAAACCGCAGUGGCUGGAGAAUUGGUACGAUGGCUUGACAUACUGCACCUGGAACGGUCUAGGUCAGAAGCUCACCGAGGAAAAAAUCUUCGAGGCAUUGGAGUCACUACGCAAGAACGAGAUCAAUAUUAGCAACUUGAUCAUCGACGACAACUGGCAAUCACUCAACACGGAAGGCGGAGACCAGUUCGACAACGCCAUGACAGAGUUCGAAGCAACCAAAAAAGGCUUCCCUCGUGGUCUCAAAGCCACAGUCAGCGACAUACGAGAAAAGUACAGCCACAUUCGCCACAUUGCUGUGUGGCACGCCAUGUUCGGAUACUGGGGAGGCAUCGCACCCGAAGGCCGCAUAGCAAAAGACUACAAAACCAGUCUCGUCCAACUCAAAGACGGCGUAUCGGGCGGCAAGAUCACCGUUGUAGCAGAAGAAGACGUCUCCCGCUUUUACAAAGACUUCUACGAGUUCCUAUCCUCCUGCGGCAUCGACUCCGUAAAAACCGACGCCCAGUUCUUCCUCGACGAACUCCACGACUCGGACGACCGCCGCAAACUAAUCAAAUCCUACCAAGACGCCUGGUCCAUCGCCCAGCUACGUUCCUUUUCCGCGCGCGCCAUAUCCUGCAUGUCACAAGCCCCACCCUUAAUCUUCCACUCGCAAUUGCCCUCGAACAAACCACGCAUGCUACUGCGUAACUCGGACGACUUCUUCCCCGAAGUACCCGCCAGCCACCCCUGGCAUAUCUUCUGCAACGCACACAACUCCAUCAUAACGCAAUAUCUCAACAUACUCCCGGAUUGGGACAUGUUCCAAACGAGCCAUGACUACGCCGCCUUCCACGCGGCCGCACGCUGCGUCUCCGGCGGCCCCAUCUAUAUCACCGACGUCCCCGGGCAACACGACAUCGACCUCAUCAACCAGAUGACGGGCAAGACACCGCGCGGCGACACGGUUAUUCUACGUCCCCAAACUGUGGGUAAAACCACACAAGCCUACAACGCAUACGACGACAUCGUCCUCCUCAAAGUGAACACCUACGUCGGAAUGGCACAUAGCGGUGUAUCUAUCCUGGGUGUCUUCAACUGCACCCCCAAACCCAUCUCCGAACUCAUCGCCCUCGACGCCUUCCCCGGCGCAGAAAAAGGAACGUACGUCAUCCGUUCGCACACAGACGGCCAGGUCACAGCGCCGACGAGCGUAGCGACCAACGACGCGUUUGUGCAUCUGGAGCUGCCGGUUCGCGGCUGGGAGAUUCUAUCUGCGUUCCCGUUGAUGGAGUUUGAACUGCAGAGGGGGGAGGGCAGUGAGGCGGCAGGACCGAGGAAGGUGCACGUGGCUAAUCUGGGGAUUGUGGGGAAGAUGACGGGGGCGGCGGCGAUUGUUAGUGCGGAUGCGUAUGUGGAUCGGAGUUCGGGGAGACUGAGGGUUUGGACUAGUUGUAAGGUUCUGGGGAGGUUUGCAAUCUACGUCUCAGACCUCCCACAGCGCUCCAUCGAAAAUGACUUCUUCGCUGUGUUGUUCGGCCGCCCCGUCCCAGCACAUUGCGUCAGUGUCAGCAAGGAUUGCAAGAACGUGCUUGAGAUUGAUACGGUGCGGGCGUGGAAGGAGACUGAUUCGAAGGCUGGAUGGAGUAAUGAGGUUGUUGUUGAGGUCGUCAUACGAUAA